CCCUACUUGACGAGAAGCUCAGCCUCAAUUCGCCCGCAGAAUUUCAAUCUAAGCUCCGACGUGGGCUCAGGUCGUUAUAAUCACCUCCACCGGCCAGGCCACCGUGAGCCACUGCCGGACGAUUUCCCUAUCUCUCUUUCGGUUACUGCUCAGUUGGCUCAUCGUCGUUUUUUCUUGUUAAUUUAAAUUUGAUGGAUACCAAUAAUUGGGGACCUUCUCAAGGCACUGAACCAACUAUGGAUACAAAUGAUUGGAGAGCUCAACUACAACCUGAAUCACGCCAAAGAAAUGUCAACAAAAUGAACCCGUUCCUCUUUAUCAAAUUGAUUAUUGCAACAAUGAUCAUCAGAAUGGAAACAUUGAAAAGGCAUCUUCCAUGUUCUGGUGAAGAGGGAAUACGUGAGCUUCGAAUGAUUGCUCAAAGGUUUGAAGAGAAGAUUUAUACUGCUGCAACUAGCCAGCCUGAUUAUCUACGGAAAAUAUCUUUGAAGAUGCUUACAAUGGAGAAUAAAUCCCAGAACAACAUAAACAACCCUAUGCCAUCAAACCCAGGUGGCCCCAGUAAUCAACCUCCUGAUAAAGGGAUCUAAGCUCAUCUUCCUCAUUCAAGCUUACUAUGAAGUUUAGCCAGUCAAAGAAGUCCUAGGUUUCUUGAAGAUGGCGAUGGUUGGUUAAAUUUCUUAGUGAAAUUCUAAAGAGAUAAAGAUAGAGGAUGAAUCUAUAACUUCAUUUGGCCAAGUUUUGCUUGUUUCCUAUUAUCUUUUACUUGAUGGUUAAACGUCUUACUCUAGAGUUUGGUUUUUAUUGCUUUUAAAUUCUAAUGUAAGUUUGAUCUUUAUGCAAAGAGAAAAUGAUUGUGAGGUUAAUUUCUCUCUUUGGAUGUCAUGAACUAAUUCGGCCACUCCUUAUUAGACACAUAAUUUUGUGUUUUUUAUUUAGUGAAAUAUAUAUGUUGAUAUUGUAUAA